AUGACCAAUGUUGAUGUCAAUGAUUCGAUGACAUUAUUACGAAAUUCAAUCGCUUCAGCUACCUGUAUUGAUAAUGUUAAUUUUCGCUGCCAAUUUUUUCGUAUUAUCUGUGAUGAAAAAUAUUUGUUCAUCAAAUCUAUUCAAUCAUUUUUUGAUCGACAAUUUGAUGAUCUAUAUACUAAACUUGUAUCCAAUUCCAUUGUUGAAAACGAUGAUGUAUCAUUGAUGUUUAUGUUAAAAUCACUUCAAUUUUUCUUUAAUUUAUCCAAUCUAAAUCCACAGCAAUUUGAAUUUAAAAAUUUUUCAGAAUUUCAUUCAUUUAUUUUGAAUAAAAAAUAUUACAAAUUUUUAAAUUUUUACAAACUUGAAAAAUCAUUGAAAAAUGAUCAUAUCCAAUAUUUAUUGAAAAGACUAACAAUCGUUUAUACUGCUUUAUUAUUUCGUUGUCUUUCAAAUGACACCGUUCGAAUGAAUGGAAUUCUAAACGAAACAAUGAUUGAUACAAGCUUUUGGAAUCCAUUAUUCGAUCAUAUUGAAUCUGAAUUAUCCGAAUGGUCAUUAUGGAUAUUUUUUCUUGUGUUGAAAGAUGAAAAAUUUGCCAAAAAUUUAUUCUGCACCAUAUCAACAAAACGACAAAUCAUUUUUCUUGAUAUCUGUAUGGAAUUUAUUGAUGAUGAAUGCCGAAAACAUGAAAAAAUUUCGAUGAAAAAUAUUGAAACCAUUGAACCUGAUGAUUGUCUUAAUCUUUUCGGUUGUCAAUUAUGUCCGUUACCAAAAGAAUUUAUUGAAUUUAUUAAUCAAUUAUUUCAUCAUCAAAUCAAUGAAUAUUUUUUAAAAUCAAAUUUCGACGAUAAUUCUCAUCAUGAUGAUUUGUUGGUUUUUACAAAAAUUUCGUCAUUUCUUUUAAAAAUUAUUUCAUUUCAAUCAUAUGCUGAAAUUUUGAAAAAACAGGAUUUAUUUGAAAAUUUACUCGAUAUUUUAUCAUGUUUUCAUACAAUGAGCAAUGAUCCUGAAUCCAUAUUCUACACACAAGAUCUUCGAACAAGUGGCCAGCAAAAAUCAUCAUUGGUUGAAAAUCAACCAAUUUUCGGUUUCAAACGAAAUAUAAUUGGAUUAAUUGCAAAUUGUCUACACGAAAAUUUUCAUGCACAGACACAACUGAGAACAUCAGGUCGAUUUAUAGCUUUAUUAAAUUCAACCAAAAUAGAUCGUAAUAAUCCAUUUAUUUUACAAUGGACAAUAUUUGCCAUACGUAAUGCAUUGAAAGAUAAUAUAGCAAAUCAAGAAUUCGUACGAAAUCUGCAAAAACAAACGGAAAUUUUUGAUAAUGAAAUUUUCGAUAAAAUUAAAUUUAUUCGUUAAUGUUAUUAAAUAAAUAAAAUUCGUUGGUUUAUUAUUUAAAUCGAAUAUUCAUUCAUACAAGUAAUGUUGUUUGGAUUGUUUCAAAUCGAACGGAAAUGUC